AUGGAGCAAUUAGACCAAAAGGACAUUCGAGAUAUACAAUGUCACAUAAACGAGCACGGAGUGUCUGGAGUAGGAGAAUUGUUGAAAUCGAAACUCAACCAAUGGAAGGAUGUUGAAAUCAACAUUGGAUUAACAGGUGCUUCUGGCGCCGGAAAAUCGAGCUUCAUAAAUGCCAUAAGAGGCCUUGGUGAUGAUGAUGAAGGAGCAGCGAAGACUGGUGUCACAGAAACAACAAAAGUGCCGACUAAAUACCCUCAUCCUACCAACAAGAAGAUCAAAUUCUGGGAUUUGCCAGGUGUUGGAACACCAACACAUGACGAUGUUGCGGAAUAUUUUAAAGAAUUUCGAUUCGCAAAUUUCGACACCUUUCUGAUCUUUGCCGUGAAACGUUUUACUAUUAACGAUUACUUGUUUGCCGAAGAAAUUAAAAAGAACAAAAAGUUGUUCUUCUUUAUUCGCACUCACAUCGAUGUCGACAUUGCUUCCGAAAAGCGAAAGAGAUCAUUUAAUGAAGAGAAAACCCUAAAGCGCAUCAAGGAAGAUUGUUGGAAAAAUUUGAAAGAUGAAAGAUAUCGUCGUGAUAAGCAGGAAGUUGUGUACCUCAUUAGUAAUCAUCACCCAGACAAAUGGGACUUUUCCCUUCUCACUAAAGCAAUCAUUGAUUCGUUGCCGACCUGUCAGAAAGAAUCUCUUACGUUCACCUUGACAAAUUUCUCCAAGGAUUUGCUAGAAAGGAAGGCUCAAUUCCUUCAAGGCCCUUCUAUUGCAGGGAGCAUUUCGUUUGCCGCUACUUAUAGUUUCCUGAAUGAAGUCAUUAAAAAAUUUAAAAAAACAGCACUUGAUGUUCUGGACGAAAUGCGGGAUAGAGUCAUGGAUGAAGCGCGUUGA